CGUAUACGAUAGGUAUCGAAAAUAAACCAUUACAAUGGCUUUGUUGGCAUUUUAGUGCACACAUUUUAUAAUUUUAUAACAUUAUUUAUUUUGUAUAAUUUUUAUAAACCCAUUUCAUCUCGUGAUUUCGUUAAAGCUUACUUACAACCAACUUUUGGUGCCCCUUUGUGAGAUAAGUAAAAUGUAUCAUCAUCGUUUUAAAGCCCCCUUUCUGCAUCAAAGCGCGGUCAGAAUAUAUAUGAACCUCGUGCGCGGGGAGAAAGCUAUCGCUGAAGAAGGGAGGGGAGGAUCCAGACAUAACCUCUUGACAUAACCUAAAUUGCGUGGCGGAGCGGUGAGAGGUCCUUACGCUGCUCCGUUUUACGUUUUCGUUCUCGCGAAUAGACUUUCGCGGCAGAAACAGCUGAUAUGGCCGAGUUGCUGUUGGAUCCGAAUAUCCGCGGCUGGGUAUUCUUGCCUAUAGUAGUGAUCACGUUUCUAGUCGGUAUAAUCCGCCACUAUGUUUCGAUAUUGCUCGCCUCGCAAAAGAAAGUCGAGCUCCAUCAAGUGCAGGAUAGUCAAGUCAUGAUACGCUCCCGACUCCUCCGAGAGAACGGACAGUACAUACCGAAAGUAGGUUUUAUGACCAGAAGACAUUUCUUCAACAACGAAGAGACUGGGUAUUUCAAGACUCAAAAACGUCCGCCCGUCUCGCAAAAUCCUAUGACCGAUCCAAAUAUGAUGACCGAGAUGCUGAAGGGAAAUGUUACCAAUGUCUUGCCUAUGGUACUGAUCGGUGGUUGGAUCAACUGGAUGUUCUCUGGAUUUGUGACAACUAAAGUGCCAUUUCCGUUAACACUACGUUUCAAGCCAAUGUUGCAACGUGGUAUAGAAUUAGUUACAUUGGACGCUGCGUGGGUUUCCUCAGCCUCGUGGUAUUUCCUCAAUGUAUUUGGACUAAGGUCCAUUUACACGCUUGUACUCGGCGAGAAUAACGCUGCGGAUACCACGAGACUUGUGCAAGAUCAAGUGUCGGGCGCUGCGAUGUCCAUGCCACCUGAUCCGAAAGCAGCCUUCAAGUCUGAAUGGGAGGCGUUGGAGAUCUGUGAACAUAAUUGGGCGCUACAAGGGGUAGAUGUCGAGCUCAUGGGUAUCCAAUCGAAAGCGGAUAUGGCUGAUAGCAUAUAUCAUCAAGGCAAAGCAAAUUGAUAUUUAGGAUUUAAAUUAUUUUACAAAUUCCAAAAGAAUCUAAUUUAUUUGUAAGUUAAAUAGCAAUUUGCAGCAUUUAUCUAAGGAAUAAUAUAAAGAUCUUUGUUUUUUUUAAUAAAUAAAAUGAUAAAAAUA